GUCUUAAAAUAUUGAAUAUUGAAUUUUCUCUCUCUUAACUUUCUCACUCCACUUCUUGAAUUGCCUUUAUAUACCCUGCACAAACUCCCAUAUUUUUCAUCGAAUUUCAAGAAAUUCCUCUCUGCUACUCAAGAUUCAAUAAUUACUUGUUUUCUCUUCAUCCAUUCUCAAGCAAUUCCUUUCCACUACUCAAGAUUCAUAUAUAUAUAUAUCAGAACAUUUCUUGCUUAAGUAUCUGCUUAUUUUGGAAGAAAUUUGCUUAUUUCUUCGAUGGGAAAUUACAUUUCUUGUACUUUGUCCUCGCCGGUGGGCAGUCAUUCAGGCAGGGCUGCAAAGGUUAUAUUUCCGGCAGGUGAAAUCCGGCAAAUUUGCGAGCCUACAAAAGCUGCAGAACUUAUGCUGGAAACACCGAAUUCUUUCCUCGUAAACACAAAAUCCCUUCAAAUUGGGAGAAGAUUUUCUGCACUAAAUGCAGAUGAAGACCUCGAAAUGGCAAAUGUAUAUGUCUUUUUCCCGAUGAACAGAUUGAAUACUGCGGUGACUGCUUCAGAUAUGGGAGCACUGUUUUUAACAGCAAAUUCUGCUGCAAAACGUCCAGCAUCGAUCGGAAGUGUGAAGAUCUUGCCGGAAUGUAGUGAAAAAUCGGUGCCGAAACUGAAUUUGGAUGAUAUUGAAGAAUUUUCAACGCCGGAGUUUCAGCACCGGCUGUCCAUGUGUAGAUCAAAGAAGCCAGUGUUGGAGACUAUAGUCGAAGAACCUGUUGGUUUGAGAAUAUUACAAAAUUAAUUAAUUAAAAAAUUUUAAAUUCUCGAGAGACAUUAAUUUGUUAUUCUUUAUAGAGUUUGUGAUAAAGACUAAAGGUAAAGAGAGUUUUUAUUAUGAGAAAUGGGUGAAGAUUGUAUUGUAUUGUAAAUUUAUUCUAUCGAGUAAUAAGAGACAUGAAUUUGGUAUUUAAAAUCUUAGAUAUCUACGUAUAUGGUUUGCAAAAGAGCCAGAGCCAAUUGCUGGUUCGAUUCUACUUUUUAAA